GGCAAACUCGGCACCCUGCGGCUGGUUUUUUAUCCGCGCCUGGAGUUGACAGUCUCCUCCCCAUCGCUCGCUCCCCCUCUCCGUCCCCCAAACCUCCCAAGCGAAGCUCCUCCUAGGGUUUUCCCCGCCGCCGCCCAUGGCCGCCUCCCCGGACCGUGCCAAUGACGACCUCCGCCGCCGCCUCGCCGUAGACACGCCUCCACCGCCCCAGAUCGCCAAAGAGAAGCAAGGCCUGGAUACUGGCAUGCCCCUUUCUCCUCAGUGGCUUAUGAAGGAGCCCAGUUCACAGGGUUCACGCUCAGAUGCUACAAAGACAUCAGGUAAUGGUGAAGACAUGGACUCCAGUGCGAAGAAAAAGGAUGUCUUCAGGGCUUCUGUGCUUGAUGGUGAAACUGCGCGUCGUGACCAUUGGCGUGAUGAUGAGCGGGAACCAAAUUCAGGCCCUCGGUGGGUUCGCUGGAGGGAGACAGACAAGGAACAAGCUGAUACACGCAAGGUAGAAAAAUGGUCAGAUGACUCGUCCAAGUUUUCUGUGGAUGGCCGUCGUGCUCCACAGGAACGUUGGGGUGAUUCCAGUAACAAGGAGGGCAACUAUGACCAACGCCGUGAAGGCAAGUGGAUUACUCGUUGGGGUUCCAAUGAUAAGGAGUCUGAAAAUUGGCGUGAUCGCUGGGGUGAUUCGGGCAAGGAGGGUGAUGCUUCCCGUGAAAAAGGUUUUUCACAGUUUGUUGCACAUGGGAAAGAUGGCAACAUUCAUGACAAGGAUACUGAGAGAGAUGAUAACAUUUCUCGAUCAUGGAAGUCUAGUCAUCCUGUGGGCCGUGGCCGGGGUGAUUCUUCUUAUCACCCCUCACAGAUAUCACAAAAACCACCUUCUUUGUAUGGGUAUGGUAGAGGGAAACCAGACAAUGAAAUCACAGGUUUUUCAGGUUCUCGUGGAAAAUUUACCCCUAGUUCUGGUAGCACAAAUGCUGGCAGUACUGGAUCUUCACGUCCAUUCCAUCUUGGUCUACUUUCUGACAGACCUGGUGGUGCAUCAGGGGAUCGCACAUCAUUUAGAUAUAGUAGGAUGAAACUGCUUGACAUAUACAGAACAACUUCCCAUGUUACUGACUUCAAGAUGCCUUUUGAUGUUUGUGAGGAAGGGUCUGCAUUUAUGCAAGAAGAAAUGUUGGAGCCUUUAGCAUUAUUUGCUCCGACGACUGACGAAGCGGUCAUUUUAAAAGCAAUUGACAAAGGGGAAAUCAUAAACAGUGGUGUCCAUCAGGUUUCCAAAGAUGGGCCUGUUGGGAAAAGUAAUUCUGAUGUGGUGCCGUCAAAACAAUCUAAAUUAGGUGGUAGAGAUGAUCAACCUGGAAGUGCAGAUGAUUUGAAGGGAGAAACAGCUGGAAGUCUCAGGGGUGUUCCUGGAAAUGUUGAUUCGCUGCGUACAGAGACACCUAGCUAUGUUGUUCCACAAAGAUCUCGGUUUAUUGGAGACCAUAGGCUUGGCCCAUCCGACUUUCCGCAGCAAAUGCCCAAUGUCUUUGAUCAAGAAAGUAAAAUAGUCGGGAUGACAGGUGUUGAUGAGUUGACCAGUCCUAUUCAACCUUAUCCUAAUCCAGAAAAUCUCUCUUUAUACUACAAAGAUCCACAAGGUCGAAUUCAAGGCCCAUUUUCUGGUGCUGACAUCAUUGGCUGGUUUGAGGCUAGUUAUUUUGGUAUUGAUUUACUGGUUCGAGUUGCAAAUGCUCCUCCUGAUGCGCCUUUCUUAAUGCUUGGAGAUGUUAUGCCUCACCUACGAGCAAAGGCAGGGCCACCUCCAGGGUUUAGCAGCACAAAAUCAAGUGAUAUGCUAAUGCCGGAGACUCCACCUACAGGGAAAUUUGUCAGCUCCAGCAGCACACAUAGCGGAUCAGCUGGUGUCGGUAUUUUUAACAGUGGGCCAAGCAGGAAUGGCGGUGCUGUUGAAGCUCAGAAUCGUUUUCUGGAGUCACUGAUGUCUAAUGGUAUGCAAGGUCCUUCAGCUGCUAUGACUGGAGGGCUGAAUGAAUAUAACAGCAGUAGCUUUGGCAACAUUGCGAUGGCCGGAGGCGAGAUGGGGAAUAGCAUGAAUUAUCUUUUGGCACAGCAGAGAUUGUUGGAAAGACAAAAAUCUUCCCAAAAUGCUGUUCCAUAUUGGUCUGCAGAUGGUAUUCCAGCAGCACAGGCACAAAACAAAGAUACAGCUUCAGAAGUGUCUACUCUGCACUCUAAAGUACCCAGUUCAAUGGCUGAUCCAUCUCGUCAAGCAUCACAAUCUCAAAAUGUUGACUUGCUUGCUAUGCUGCAUUCUGCAGAGAAACCUAAAGCACCUGCGGGAUUGCCACCAUGGUCAAACUAUCCCGAAUCCCGAAAUGUUAAUCCUAACCUUCAUGUGGAUCUCACUCAAGGGCCACUUAACAUGCAUCAAAAUCUUCAGAACUCUCAGCAAAUGGCUACUGCUGUUCAACAACAGAACUUCAUGCCACAGAACCAGCCACCUCUCUCUCAUUUGCCAUCAGAGAAGUUGCUUGCUGAGAUAUCUCAAGACCCACAACUCUUGCACAUGUUUCAACAACAGUAUCUGCUAUCACAACUACAGUUGCAAUCACAGCCGCCAGUGGCACCUCAACCUCAACCACAACUCUCAAUGUUGGACAAGAUGAUAUUGCUUCAGCAGCAGCAGCAGCAGCAACAGCAACAGCAGCAGCUGCAACAACGACUACAGCUUGAGCAACAGCAGUUGUUGCUGCAACAACAGCACCUAGUUUCUCACGUUGCACCUCAUGGACAUCCCAACCAACAGCUUGAUGAUCCUUAUGGGUCGAAGCAUACUACAUUGCCAGCUGGUGAUUCUAUGAAUCUUGGUGUUCGAAGAAUUCAAGAGGUUCUUGAAGCUGAUCGUAUUUUGACUAACCAUGGUAAACCCCAGGGAUCUAGUCAAGCAUUUAUGAGUAUGAGGGGUAUGGAGGGUGUUGGAACAUCACAAAGCUCUGUACCUACUGUGCCAUUGCCUCAUGAAUUUUUUAUGGGCGCACCUUCGAAAGAACGGUUUUCCCAUCCUCAGAAGUUGGGAAACUCGGCAAGUGAUAACACUCAACUUAGUGCAAGUAUGGUCAAUAUGAUGAAAACAGAAGUUGCAGAAAGGUAUGAGGAGGCUUCUGGAAACUAUCAGCAAGUUGGAAUAGGUAAAGUUGAAAGUAAGCCUGCAAAUAUUUCAAGUUUAAGAUCUACAGAGGCUAGCAGUUCAGCUCUUAGUGAAGCUAAGGGUUUUCCUGAGACACCACUGAAUCAAAUAUCAGAGAUCAUGUCACCUCAUAAUCGUGUCCAGGAAAUUACAAAUACCCUUGAUGCAGUUGAGCUAACUAUGACAACUGAUGCAAAAACUCCUGAUGCACAAGAGACAAAGAAAGCUGAAAAGAAAAAGAAGCAGAAGAAGAAACAGACAGCUGUAGAUGUUGGCAAAGGAGCUCCAAACACAGUUUCUCAACAUCCAACACUAGAAGGUGAAGUUGAUGCUUCAAAUCAGGCUGUUACUAAGCAUGGUUUGCCAGAUGACACAGACGAACUUUUUUGGGGUUCCACUGCCAGAGUGGAAAGCUCUUCUAGAGCAGUUGGACCUCCGCUGGGCUUUGAAUCAUAUGUGAAUUUGCCCAAAAGUCUUCCUGAGGAGUAUGCUAUCAACAGAGCUGAAUGGGAACCUAGUGCUCUAUCCGAGCCUCAUGCAGCGGCAAGCCAGAAAGGUUGGAAACCUACCCAAGGACCCAGGCCUAAAUCACUGCUGGAAAUUCAAGCCGAGGAACAACUAAGAGCACAGAGGGUAGCUGCGGACAGUGCCAAGAUAACCAUGCCAGCGCCUCCUGUGCCAUCAGGUCCUUGGAAUACCAUGUCUGCAUCUUCUGAUCAACAAUUUGGGGGUGCAGGUAAAUCACUGGGUGGCCAGGAAAGUGCUGGUGACUCCAGGAACAAGAGAAGUCAGUUGCAUGAUUUGUUAGCGGAAGAAGUUCUGGCAAGGUCUAGUAAUGCAGACAAUGAGAACAUAGGCAAUGCUAAUGAUGUGUUGUUUCCUCCUCUAUCACCUGCUGUUGUUCAGUCUGAUGCUCCUGCUUUUGAUGAUGAUGACUUCAUUGAGGCCAAGGACUCGAAAAAGAACAAGAAAAAGGGGACAAAGUCAAAAGGAUCUGCAGCCAAAGCCCCAUUACCUGUUAGUUCCAUUGAUUCAUCAGCUAUGUCUAUACCAGCUGAAAAGGGCAAAUCUUCAAAGCAAGCGAAACAAGAGAAGGAAAUACUUCCGGCUCCUCCAAGUGGUCCAUCCUUUGGAGAUUUUGUUCCUUGGAAGACUGACCAGACAAAUUUUGCGCCUGCUCCAGCAUGGUCCAAUGACUCUGCGAAGGUGCACAAACCUUUGUCUUUGAGAGAUAUUCAGAGAGAGGAAGAAAGGAGAUCAGGUGUUGUCCAGCAACAACCACCCUCACCUGCUCCAGCAAAGGUUUCGGUGAACCAACGGAAUCAUGGUAAUGCUUCUUCUAAGCAAGCUUCCGGGUCUUCUCCAUCAAAGGCAGUUGCCCCUGUCCAGAUGAGUUCCAAUCCUUCCAAUCGUUCCAAGUCAAAUGCUGAAGAUGAUCUAUUUUGGGGCCCAUCUGACCACUCCAAACAAGAUAAGAAACAGUCAGAAUUCCCAAGUCUAGCAAGUCAGAGUAAAAGUUCCAUGACGAAAGACCAGUCUUCAGUAAACCGUCACAAGUCUCAGGCUAGCAAGUUGCCACUUUCAACGGCUCCUAGUGCUAACCUCAUUGGGAAAGGGAAGGCAGAGGCAGCAAACAAGCAGACAGAGGCAAUGGACUUCCGGGAUUGGUGCGACAGCGAGUGGUCCAGGCUCACUGGAACAAAUGAUACAAGUUUCCUUGAGUUCUGCAUUAAGCAGUCGACUGCUGAAGCAGAAAUGCUUCUCCGGGAGAACGUUGGCUCUCUUGACCGCAACGGUCAGUUCAUCGACAGGUUCCUCAACUACAAGGCUUUUCUGUCCACAGAUGUGAUCGAGAUGGCAUUCAGAGCGCCCAGCAACCGCGCUCCCCGUCUGAACCCCGCUUCUGCAGCCAAAGGAGGGCCAAGUGCCGAGGCAGAGCAGGAUACAGGAGGAAAGAAAAAAGGGAAGAAAGGGAAGAAGGUGAGCGCAGCGGUUUUAGGGUUCAAUGUCGUCAGCAACCGCAUCAUGAUGGGAGAGAUCCAGAACGUGGAUUAGUAGGUAUGCAUACAACGGUGGCACCGUGCUGUACAUACUUUUGGCGCUCUUGAUAGAUUGUUUUGACUUGUUGCGAUGGCAACCGAGCUUAUGCGGUGGUGAUUUUCGUCUCUUUUUUCGAGAAAGUGCAUCCAUUGCCCAAUUUUGGCUUCCUGUAACUCACCAGAUUUUGUUCUCGAUAGAACUUCACUGCAGAUGAACAUAGAUCAAUUUUGUUAUUUCUGGCUGCGUGUUGCAAUGCAUGAUGUUUCUACGUCAGUGCUAAAAACAGACA